AUGACAAUACCACGAUACCCACACCCAGCCGAGGCCUGGAAUCAAGGAAAUUUAAUCACUAGAAGAUACUAUCGAGAUACGCGAUAUAUGACCUUGGAUAAAUCAAUGGACUAUCUUUCACAAGAUCAAGUUCACAUGGCAAGUGGAAAUAUCAGGCUUCCAGAUGGCAAGGGAAACAUUACGUUAAAGAGUAUUAGCAUGUACCAUCAGUUGCAUUGUCUCGCUAAGAUGCGUCUUACUUUGCAACAAGCUCGAGAAGGGGUGGAUAUUGGAGUUGGCUGGAGAGACGAUGCACACUGGCCUCAUUGCUUUGACUAUUUACAUUCGUCUAUUUUGUGUUUUGCGGAUGGAACGCUAGAGAGUGUUAGCCUGCAGCCAGGCCCUACUGUGGGAACGGCUGUCAGGGUAAUUGACGCCAGCCUAGAGACCAGACAUUGUAGAGACUCGAAGCCGCUAGAAGAGCUAGUACGCCAUUAUGGGCCCAACUCCCACUAUGGCGAGUCGGGAGAUCUUUUUGAGGUCCCUGAUGGAUCGUAA